AUGAAGCCGCUGCGGAUGCUGUGCGAUGCGGAGGCAGCAGGUGACCGCACGCCCACGCCUCUUGUACUUCUCAGCCUGUGCACCGUAACGAAACGGAUCCAACCCGCAGGUCGCAGUUUUCUCGAAACUUUUGAAACCCCUGCCGUCUCGAAGCACCAUCGCAAAAAGACCACACGGGAGAAAGAUCUAGCCGCAUCUCCCCCUCCCCAGGAGGAAGAGUUCUCCACCGACCGCGCAGAGGCUUGGAAAACUAAGAACAAGAACAAAACUCCAGGAGGUGGCGGUGGCGGAAGCAGCUCCUCUUUGGCGUCUGGCUCGCACUUAAAGCGCAUAUUAUCGUACGAUCAGACGCUGUAUCGUAUCUUAGGGGUAGAUGAGGGAGCCAGCCUAGACGAGAUAAAGAAGCAAUACAGAAAGAAGGUGCUGGAAUAUCAUCCUGAUAAGGCGAAAACAGCUAGCAACAGCCCUCUUGCAAGUCCUCCGCCCUCUUCGAGCCCCUCUUCAGCAGGAGAUUCUCCGCAGUCCUGCGAACAUGAGGCUUUCCUCAGGGUCCAGGAGGCAUAUGAGGCUUUGAGCGACUCCAAUUUUAGGAGGCAGUAUGAUUCAUCUCUGCCGUUUGAUGAGUCGAUCCCAAGUCCUAACGAAUGCCACCAGCAACCAGAAAAAUUCUAUGAAAUCUUUGGUGCUGCCUUCAAUAGGAAUGCCAGGUGGUCCAUUCGCCGGCCCGUGCCUUCCCUCGGGGAUGAGAAAACGCCGCUUGCAGUGGUCGAACGGUUUUAUGACUUCUGGUAUGAUUUUCAAUCUUGGCGAGACUUCGGAGUCCAUGAUGAAUAUGAUCUCAAUGAGGCCGAGUGCAGAGAAGAAAGAAGGUGGAUGGAGAGGGAAAAUGCCAAGAUUCGGAAAAAAUAUUUGAAAAACGAAAGGGCAAGAAUCCAACGGCUGGUUGAGACAGCCUACGCCGCGGACCCUAGGAUCCAGCGGCAAAAGGAAGAGGAGAGGAAAAAGCGCGAGGAGGAAAAAGCUGCAAAACAGCGGGCUUAUGAGGCGCAAAUGCGGGAAGCUGAGGAGAGGAAGAAGCGGGAGGCAGAGGAGGAGCGGCGGCGCGAAGAGGAGGCCAAGAACCUGCAAAAGCAGCAGCAACAAGAGAAGCAGAGACUCAAGAAGUGGCGUCAGAAGUUUCGUUGGCUGUAUCGGAAAAUUAGCGAGGAUGCGUCUCCACCUGCGCCUCUCUCCGUGGCUCAAGUGCAAGACCUAAGUGCACAGCUCGACAUGGAGGUGUUACUGCCUUUCUUUCAAAAGAUUCACGACUAUUUGGGGGUGGAGGGCCCAAUCCAGGACGAGACGGGUGACCCCUCCGGACCGAUGGACUUCACAAUGUCUGAUCAGCAGAAAGAGAUGAUUGUCGGGCUUUAUGUAAAGGAAUGGCAAGCGCUUUUAGACGCUAAGAGAGCCAAAGAGCUGGCCGCUGAGGAGGAAAUGCUGAGAGUACAGGAAGAGAAGAAACGCCAAGAAUUAGCGCGAAAGAAGGCACAAGAGGCCGCGUGGACAAUUGAGGAGCUCUCGAUGCUGGCGAAGGGCUUGCAAAAGUUUCCGGGCGGAACAGCCCGGCGGUGGCACCAGAUAGCCUCGUUUAUUGGCACAAAGACACAAGAGGAGGUCGUUCAGAAGGCGAAGGAAAUGGCAAACGGCUCAAGUUUGAAGUCCAUGGGGUCAAAAAUAAGCCAACCACUUGAACAGACCAAGGCUCAGCAGCAAGGUGCACUAACUGCAAGAACCCUAAACAGUGGCAAGACCGACGCAGAGUCUGCACGGCCAACGGGCUCAACAACCGAGGCGCUCUGGACACAGGAACAACAGACAGCUCUGGAGCGUGCCCUAGCCAAACACCCGUCUAGCAUGCCGGCAGCGGAGCGGUGGUCAGCCAUUGCAAGUGACGUGCCAGGGAAAACGCGCAAGGAAUGCAUUGAGCGAUUUAAACAGAUUCGGGCCGCCAUUUUGGCCAGUAAAGGGUCUUGA